UCACUCAGCCUCCUACGGAAAUCAUGGGUCUCAGAGAAGCCAGCAGAAAUGAUAGAAUAGCACAAAGUAAUAGUCCAGGUGCUGAUUACGCGCCUCUUCAUCCAUCAACACGUUCUUGGGAAGUUCCAAGAAAUAGCGUUACUAUGGAAAAAUACAUUGGUGAAGGUGCCUUUGGUCAAGUUGCUAAGGGAACUGCAGUAGGACUUCGAGGGAGGCCUGAAAUGACCACGGUGGCAAUAAAGAUGCUUAAACCUAACGCUGCUGAAUCAGAUAAAAGAGAUUUCAUAAAGGAACUUGAAGUAAUGAAGAGGCUGAAACCGCAUCCUCAUGUCAUUAAACUUCUGGGUUGUGUUACGGAAUCUGAGCCACUGUUGGUUUUGAUUGAAUACGUGCCUUUUGGGGAUCUGCUGGGUUACCUGAGAAAGAGCCGUGGGUUAAAUGACACCUACUACAAAGACCCGCAUAUCAAACCGCAGACAAAUCUGACGUCACAGCAGCUGAUGAAUUUUGCUUGGCAAAUUGCUGAUGGAAUGAGUUACUUGUCAUCAAAAUCUAUAAUUCACCGAGACCUUGCGGCCCGUAAUGUCUUGGUUGGACAAAAUGAAAGGUGUAAAGUGACAGACUUUGGAAUGGCCAGAGAUGUGCGACAGGAAAAUAUUUAUCAACGAAAAACUGCGGGCCGUCUUCCGGUGAAGUGGACAGCUUAUGAAGCCUUGUUGUAUAGUAAAUAUACCACCAAAAGUGACGUAUGGAGUUAUGGAGUUGUCCUGUACGAGAUUUUCACCAUAGGCGGUUCACCUUACCCAGGAAUGGAUGGAACAAGAAUUUUAGGUCUACUUCAGGAGGGAUACAGGAUGACUAAACCACAACACAUCGAUGAUAAAUUGUAUCAGAUCAUGCAGGGAUGUUGGCAAAAUGACCCGGAUGCAAGACCAACAUUCACUGAAUUGAAAAAUCAGCUUAAAGGCAUGGAAACCAUAUACAAGAGGCUUAUCAACAUGAGCAUGUAUGACAAGCAGUUGUAUGCAAAUGUCGAGGAUUUGAUGGUGUAGCUAGCUACACGUCCACAGUUUAUGCUUGGCUAAUUGUCUGAACGCUUUGCCCCGAUAAGUUUAAGACAUAAAUUACCCUCGCCGUAAGCGUUUUCUUCAUAGAAAGACAGGACGGCGUACUGAUA